UCUUUGGGAUUUGUUUCACUACCAUUGAUGACUUCAUGAGACUUGUUGGUCUGCACGUCUUUUUAGUCUGUUAGUCCCCAACAACAUCUGCAGCUCUUUUAAGGUUGCACUUUUCCAGAAAGGCGUUCUUUUCAGUUUCACAUCAGUCUGAUUCUGAAAUGUGUUUUCUUUGAACAACUUCUGAGGAUUGAUUGAAUAGUGCCAAACUAACAGGGGAUCUACAGCUAACAACAUGGUAUUUCCUGAAGAAAAGAAGGUCACUGAUCAACCUGAGGGCAGUGUGGCAGCUCAGGAGUCCAUGGCACAAGUGCAGAUGGACGGUGAAGAACUCGUCUCAGAAGGAAAGAAAAACAUAGAAGAGGAGUUUGCCAGCUCACCUCUUGCUCCUGCUGAUUCUCUUUGGACCACUGAUGCUACGAGCUCAGUCAGGCUGAGAAUGGAAGAAGGAUGUCUGGAUGAACCCAUCACAGUUCACCAAAUGUUUAAGGCCUCGGUUGAAAAAUACGGACACAUGCAUGCACUCGCCAGCAAGAAGAACAAGAAGUGGGAAAAGAUAACGUUUAUAGAGUAUUAUCAAUUCUGCUGGACAGCAGCACGCAGCUUUAUAAAGCUUGGUUUGGAGCGAUUCCAUGGAGUGGCAAUACUGGGAUUCAAUUCAGCUGAAUGGUUCUUCUCUGCAGUCGGUGCCAUCAUGGCUGGAGGAAUAAUGACGGGAAUUUAUGCCACAAACUCCCCAGAAGCUUGCCAGUAUGUGGCUAAUGACUCCAAAGCCAACAUUAUUGUGGUAGAAAACCAAAAGCAAUUGGAUAAGAUAUUGCAGAUACGUGAGCGACUGCCCCAUUUGAAAGCCAUAGUGCAGUACAGUGGACAGCUCCAGCAGAAGAUCUCAAAUCUCUACUCUUGGGAGGAGUUCAUGGAUCUCGGUCUGGACAUUCCUGAGAAACAACUGGAGGAUAUCAUCAGCAGCCAGCGAGCAAACCAAUGCUGCGUCCUCAUCUACACAUCUGGCACCACAGGCAAUCCGAAAGGAGUCAUGCUCAGUCAUGACAAUAUCACAUGGACGGCCAGUCACGCCAGCAUGGUUGGAGAGGUGCAGCCAGCUGACACUAAACAGGAGUCACUAGUGAGCUACCUGCCUCUCAGCCACAUUGCUGCUCAGAUCUAUGACCUCUGGACGGGCAUCAUGUUCGGGGAGCUGGUAUACUUUGCACAGCCUGAUGCUUUAAAGGGAAGUUUGGUAAAUACACUGCGGGAGGUUUGUCCAACAUCUCACAUGGGUGUCCCGCGGGUGUGGGAGAAAAUGAUGGAGAAGAUAAAACAAGGAAUUAGUCAGUGUGGAUACGUGAAAAAGAAACUGAUGACGUGGGCAAUGUCAGUCAGCCUGGAAGCCAAUCAGAAGCAUGAGCUGAAGGAUGAUGAGAAACCAUUCCUCUUCUCCCUGGCUGACAGCCUGGUGCUGCAGAGGCUUCGGGCUGAGCUGGGCCUGUCUUGCUGUCAGAAGUUCUUCUCUGGAGCGGCUCCAAUCGGUAGUGAAACAGUGCAGUUUUUCCUGGGCCUGAACAUCCGCUUGUAUGAGGCCUAUGGUAUGAGCGAGAGCACAGGACCUCACUUUAUGUCAGGUCCAAAAGCUUACAAACUACCAAGCUGUGGUAAGGUGGUGCCCGGCUGUCGAUACAAAAUGGCCAACGUGGACUCCGAGGGGACGGGUGAAAUUUGCUUUUGGGGACGCAACAUUUUCAUGGGGUUCCUCAACAUGGAAGACAAAACAAGAGAAGCUCUGGAUGAGGAUGGAUGGCUGCAUUCUGGAGACUUGGGAAAGAUUGACGAAGAGGGUUUCUUGUACAUCACAGGGAGGAUGAAAGAGUUGAUCAUCACAGCUGGAGGGGAGAACGUUCCUCCUGUUCCCAUAGAGGAAGCAGUGAAGAAGGAGCUACCUAUCAUCAGCAACGCCAUGCUGAUCGGAGACAAGAGGAAGUUCUUGUCCAUGCUUUUAACCCUGAAGUGUUGUGUUGAUACAGAAACCAUGGAGCCAACAGAGGAGUUGAGCGUGGAGGCUGUGGACUUUUGCAGACAGCUGGGCAGCCAAGCAACCAAAGUCUCUGACAUAAUUGAAAGAAAAGACAAAGAAGUGUACCAGGCAAUUCAAGAGGGAAUCAACAGAGUCAAUUCUGCAGCCACCUCUCAUGCCCAGCGCAUACAAAAGUGGACUAUUGUGAGGAAGGACUUCUCUGUUUCUGGAGGAGAGCUAGGUCCCACAAUGAAGCUUCAUCGCCCUGUCGUCUUACAGAUGUACCACAAAGUCAUAGAGAGCCUUUAUCAAGAAUAGUGUUGUGUGCAGAAUGCAAAAAUAACCGCAGAACCAUAGUGUCUUUUAUUUAGUACUUUUAUUUAAUGAUAUUUUAAAUUGUGAAUAAUACUUUUUAUUAUAAUGCUAGACAUUUUAGAAAGCCACACCAUUUUAAUGCAUCUUUUCAUUGGUUGAAAUACUGGUCUUCAAUUCAUAUUUAUCUCUGACCAACACUUCAUAUUUACUUUUUAAAACCAUGCAUGACAUGAAAUUAUCCGACAUUUUCUGCAGAUAUUUCAGUAUUCAGUGUGUGUGUGUGUUUUUAUCACUUUGGAUAAAAAUUCAUGAAGACAUGGAUGCAACUUUUACAAAUACUCAAUCAUAGCUGCACAGAGGUCCUAUGACACCAGAGUCAUCUGCAUCACACUGAAUAAAAGGUCUGUCAUUUCUGAA